GAUUUCUAAACACUGGAAAAGAUGGAAGAUCCUUGGGAUAUGGCAGAGAAUAUGUUAUCAGAUGUGCUCGUUUCCAAUGUCUACAAUCAGUUUUUCAAGAACAAUUCGGACCUGUUCAAAGACAAGAUUGUGAUGGAUGUGGGUUGCCGCAGUGGGCUGCUGAGUCUUCUGGCCGUUGAAGCUGGUGCUGUGAAGGUCUUUGCUGUGGGCAACAUGCGUAGUGCCAGAUAUGUGACAAAGGCUUUGGGGCAUGGCGAGAAUGCAGAGGUUUUUGAACCUCUCAAGGGCUGCAUCAGCCAAAUUCGAUUGCCGUGUGGACUUAAGAAGGUGGAUAUCAUAGUUUCAGAGUGGAUGGGUCACGCCCUCUUCGCUGAUUCACUUUUUCGCCAGAUGUUGGAGGCACGUGACAAGUGGCUGGCAAGGGGUGGACACAUUUUUCCAAACGUUGCGAACCUCUACAUACAUGGCAUAGCCCAGUCAGCCCGACAGACAAUGAAUAAAAACCUACGACCCGUCUUAUUGACGGACGAAUAUGUGAACCAGCAAUCAGUCAUCACGGAAAAGUCUCUACUGAAAACCAUAAACCUGACUACGUCCAAAUAUAAUGAAUCUUUUACAGUCGAUUUCAAGAUGAAGGCGUUGCGGAAGGGCAAAGUGUCUGGAUGUAUGCUGUACUUUGAUAUAGGCUUCAUCAAUGCCAGGGGUCAACUGCAAAAGUUGUUUGCCACAGGCCCAGAUACACCAAAAACGUAUAUGAAGCAAACGUUGCUAUCCCUAGAAGAUAAUGCCCUCGAUGUUGCCGACCAGGAGCUACUGGUUGGACGUUUUAGCAUGAAACUCGGCAGCUUUGCACCGCGCGGAGUUGAGUUCUCACUCGGUUUGCGGGUACACAAAUAGGACGCUGCACUUAAUAAAGGGUAAUGCUGUUGCGGAUGCUGCAACUGAUGCUUGAUGGCUGAUGGUUAAUGUCUGAUGUAUUCAUGGCAAUAUUUAGGCGUUCU